AUGUGUUUAUUCGUGUAUGCUGGAGAAAUAAGGGACCUCUUCACAUGGCAACAAGGGUUAGCGGUUGGCGACUGGAUUACACACCUUUUGUCCAUCUUUUUUGUAAUUGUUUUUGUACCCGGAGUCAUCGUUAUUGAUAAGCACACUUUAAGGCAAAUUUUGAAAGAUGUCUCGGAAGCUGGCGUUGAGUUUGACGAUAUUGAUUGGCGAAAGAUCGCUCACUCGGCAAAUGAACUGUCUAUGAAACAGAGCCGACGUAGGUGUUUAUUCCUCAGAGAUUAUAUAUGCAAGGCGUAUUUUGUUAAUCGUAUUCUGCUGCUUAUUGAAGGCGACUCAGAGUGUAUCAGUUUCAACUGGUCCGAAGAUUUCAAUAUUUUCUUUGCAGAUGAAAACUGCAAGCAGCUAGUUGAAAAUGCAGCCAAUAUAUAUAGACAAAGCCUCAAUUAG